AUGGCCGAAGGCGAUGGCCGUUCAAGGUCGCCGCCCAGCAAAGCCGACAAAGACGACCGAUCUAAGGAGCAAAGAACAAGUCGAGCUUGCCUCAAUUGCCGUGCGCGGAAAAGCGCUUGCCAUCUACCUGUCGUUGACGGAAUUGUGACAACACCCUGCGAGCGCUGUAAAGCCUCAGGUGCUGAAUGCGUAAUCGGCUCCAGCAAUCGUGGAGGUCGGCGUGUACGAAAGCGAACCGCCACAAAUGCCGGUCUGGACGCUCAUACAGACUCCGGACAUGCUACCGGCAAUCUUGACAUAACCUCCCUCAAUACCAGCAACAGCAGACCGGGCGAUGACGCGCGAGACAGAACGGAGACUCCCUCGCGGUCAGCGUGGCUCACAGGCUACUCGAGUAACUCCAACAACAUCGCCUUCAACGAUCUGCAGAACCCAAGCGAUGCUCUCGGAAUUCUAGCGCAAAUCGCAGAUCAGGGCGAGAGUACGCUCGUGCACUUCCACGGUAUUUUACGUCCACGGCUGACGUCGACAGGAACACAAUCUUUCAAUGCUCCGCUGACCGUGGGUAAUUACGGUCAACCUCAGCUCGACUACGCUCUGAUCAGAGAUGGCCGCCUUGCGAUGUCGAAAAUUAUCGAGCUGUUGCAAAUAUAUAAGCAUUACUACCACCCGUUCUUCCCUCUGGUACCCUCGGCGACAUUGGAAGCAAGCAACCUGCCCACAACGGCUCGAGACGAACAGCACCUUCUGACUGCUGUAUUGGUCAUUGCGUCGCGAGACUUAAUCGAUGAACCUCAUGUGUUCAUGGCCUGCAGCGAGUACAUGAGAACACUAGUCUCGGCGCUUGCUGCAGGAGGGCCUGGGAACGUUGAGGCGGUCGAGGCUCUCUUAGUACUCGCCGAGUGGACGCCGUACACGUCGCGCUCUGACGCUGGACAUGUCGGACGCGGAGAAGAGGAUCGCGAGGCGUGGAUGCAUGUCGGUACCGCACUACGCAUCGGCUACUUUCUCGGGCUCGACCGAUACUCCUUUCAUGUCCGAGGCGACGACGCAAAGGAUCCCCAGUGGCAGCGCAAGCGGCUAGUAUGGGCUGCAUGUUACAUCAGCGACCGGCAGAUAUCGAUUCGCCUGGGUCGUGCUUUCUGGUCUAGAGGACCUGGUCCAUUGACAACACUGUCAAAGGCAGAUUUUCCAAUGCUCGCUGCGACCUCACCGGGCGAAGAGGACUACGCAAGCAUCUUUCAAGCGACCCUCGAACUGACGCUCCUUUUCUCCAAUGUACACGAUGUAUUGUACUCAAACCCUGGCAACAGCAUGCGAAACCAUCUUGCUGGCGGCUACAUCAAGUACAUCGAUGACUUCAGAAGCGCGAUAUAUGGCUGGAAGAGCGUAUGGGGCACACUGACCUGCUCACCGCACCUCAAAGCCACUCUGCUGAUGUCGUAUGACUAUCUCCGGCUCUACACUAAUGCGUUUGCCUUCCACGCAACGGUCAAGCGUGCUUUGCCGCAAGGGCAGCAAGGCCAGGAAACUCCAAAAUCAAGCCAUGCUGCGCCUGGACGAGUCUUUUAUAAUAAUGUCGGAGCUGUUGGCGACGCACGUUUCAUCUACGAAGGCCUCGAUGCGGCCAAGAGCCUUCUCAGUAUGGUCAACACUUUCGUCGAUCCCGAGAAGUCUUUGAGAUUCAUGCCGCUGCGAUACUAUCUCUAUGCGAUUUACUCUGGUGUUUUCCUGUACCGAGCGAGAUGUGUCGGUGUCUUAGCGUCGGACGAGGAACAGUCCGUGAGAAGGAUGAUCAAAGAGACUGUUUCUAGACUGGAACGAUCCGGCAUAGGCACCCAGCACCCUGGCAGCCGCUACGCCCAACUGCUCAAACUUCUAUGGGAGAAGGUUGAGCGCAAAGAGCGCCGACCCUCCAAGCCCUCCACCGCAAGCCUCCACAAUCCUUACCGUCCAAAUAGCAUAGGCGGUGCUGGUGCCAGUAGCGGACGUCGUCCAUCCAGUUCGGCCGCCUCUGCCGCCAUCACGCCCAAUUCGCCGAGCACGACGGAGGUCAUGGGUGACUUCUCCUGGACGGACCUUGAUGCGAUUGGGAAUUUUGCGGUCAACGGAAAUGGAGGCUUGAUUAAUGACGCGGAGUGGUGGUCUGGGUUUCUGCCGGCUGAUUCUGGCAAUUUUCUGUUCGAUGCGACGCAGGGUAUGGAUGACUGGAAUCUCGCCGGACUACAAUAG